GAGAAGUCGGAAAUGACUUCCGGUUCGGUCUCUGACGUCACUUGCGGUCAAAUUCCUGUCAUUUUGUUCUUCGCGUGAAAACUAUGCAAAAAUUGCUCACAAUUUCAAUAAAGAGAUGGCGUUAUAGUCGACGUAAUUUGUGUUCAUUAUUGUCGCCAUUUUUAGAGGCGUUAUUUGCGAUGCCUUUCGAGCAGAGAGUGAUCGCUCCGAUCGCGUGCGGCCGCGGCUGCGUUCCCAUGGACUCUGCGGGACAGCUGGCCAUCAACAUCCCCAACGAGUUGGAGUGCGUCACGAACGGCACUCUCGCCAACAUCAUCCGCCAGCUGUCGUCGCUGUCGCGCUUCGCCGAAGACCUCUUCGGAUCCAUUCUCAGCGAAGCCUCGCUUCUGGUGUUGCGCUCGUCGGCGCUGCAGUCGCGGAUCGACCGCUUGGGGGAUAAGGUGUUGUCCCUGGACUCGACUGUGGAGGAAGUGUCGCUGCAGGACAUCCACUUGCGGAAGGCGUUCAAGUCGUCGCUUCUGUUUGCACAACAAGUGGUGGCGCGCGACACCAUUCCCACGAAUAUCCACGCCGUCUACGCCAAGUGCGACCCCCCGCCCGCAUUGAGCGCCCUGAACGUGUACAGGGACGACGGGAAGGACGGCUUGAAGUUCUACACGGAUCCGAACUACUUCUUCGACUUGUGGCGUCAGGAGAUGCUGGCCGACACCGAGAAGGCGCUGGCCGGGAGGGCGCGCGCCCCGCGGGGGAAACUCGCUUCCGAGCACAAGAAGAGCCGAAAGCCGAGACAACCGGCGAACACUAGAGAGCGCUAUCGGCAGAUGAUGACCAAUCAGGGAGAGUUCAUUCUGGAGCAGAAGAGCAAUGGGGAGGAGCACUUCCAGGAGGAGCAAAGGCCGCAGAGUCUGGAGCUGAACAGCGGCUUUUACAUCGAGAACCACGCGCCGCCGCAGUGGAGCGCGAAGUACGAGCACGACCAGGUUCAACAAUUGAAUCAAUACAACGCGCAGCAGAUCUACGCGACGCGCCGCCAAACGUCCGCCAGUCGCCCCUCGCAACCGCCGCCCGCACCGCCCUCUUCCGGGCCCUCCACUCCCCAACACACACAAAGUAGUCAACAGCACGAGCGCUCACGUGUGCGGGACACGCUGCCGCCGCCCCCUCCGCCCCCCGAGACGGCGCACAACGGGGUGGAGCCCGAACCCCCGCCCCCACCGCCUCCUCCGAUGCUGCCGUCUGGCGGCGGCGAGAAGAGACAGCAAUUGCCGACAGUUUCUGAACUGAAAUCGAUUCAAUUGAAGAAAGUGGAAGUGAAGGAAAGAAUCGUGGAUCCGCGCAGUGAUCUCUUGGCGGCCAUUCGCGAGGGCAUCAAACUGAAGCGCGUGGAGGACUGCAAGCAGCGCGAGGUGGAGAAGUGCACGCCCCUGCACGACGUGGCGUCCAUUCUCGCGCGCAGAGUCGCCAUCGAGUUGUCGGACAGCGAAGGCGGGGGCGACGACGACGACGACAGCGACGCCUGGGACGACGAGAGCGAGUGUUGA